AUGGAGAGGACUGCUCCCAAAGAGAAAGGCAUUACUGCUGUGUUAGUAAAAGAAAAAGUCCUUCAAAGUUUAGUUGAUAAUGAUAUGGUUGACUGUGAGAGAACUGGAACUUCUAAUUUUUAUCAGUCUUUUCCAAGUAAAAUUCUUCAUGCAAGAACAUAUAAAUUGGAGGUUCUGAAAUCUCAGUUGUUUCAGGGAAGCCAAAAGCAUGCAAACUUACAGAAAAGCAUCAGAAAAACUAAAAUUGGCCAACAUGAGAUGAAGGAGUGAACCGUGUUAGCCAAAGAGCAUUCUUCACUCUUGGAUCAAACAGAAGUUGAAAAAUGCAAAUAAUGUGACCCGCGAGUUGUUGAAGAAAUACAUCAGGCAAAUAAAGUACUUGCUAACAGAUAGACUGAUAACAUAUUUGCAAUAAAAUCUUGGGCCAAAAGAAAAUUUGGGUUUGAAGAAAAUAAAAUUGAUAAAACUUUUGGAAUUCCAGAAGACUCUGACUACAUAGAUUAAAAUAUACCAUGGUGGUAAAGAAUCUACGAGCUCGCAAAUAUGUAAAUUUUUAAAUAUUAUCCAACUAGGCUGGGCACAGUGGCUCAUGCCUGUAAUCCCAGCACUU